CUCUUCCACUUAAUCAGGAAAAUUAAUUGGUAAUCUUCAUCGUUUGCGUACUAAGCAAAAACAAAAUAUAAAGCAAUGUAAGUAAAUAGUUGGGUAACGUCUCAGAGUAGUCAGAUAUCGCAAAACAUUUGAUAAAUAAAGUCUUGUUACAGUUCCAUAAGCAUCAGUUUGAAAAGUAACAUUGUUCUUCGAGAAAGAAAAACGGAUAAAAGUUUUUUAAAAGUUUCUUGUGUGAUUAUGCACGACCGUAAAUUUGAGAAAAAAGAAAGUAUCAGUAUCAUUGAAGAUCAGAAAUUAGAGGUUUGGGAUAUUCAGCCCUCUACUAGCGCUAAGAAUUGUAGGAAUUUCAUAAGAGAAAUUGUUGACAACUUGGACUUGCAGCCUAAUCCAGAAAAGCCCGUAAUUGCGUUGUCUAUAGGCGAUCCUACAGUGUACGGAAACCUUAAGGCUGCAAAAGAAACAGUAGAAGCUGUCAAAGCCGUUCUCGAAGAUGGUCUCUUCAAUGGAUACGUCGCGAGUUCAGGUCAUCAGGACAGUAAAGAAGCUGUCGCGGAAUAUCUGUCCCAGAAUAACAACGUCGAAAUCGAUGAGAAAGACGUAAUUUUGUGCAGUGGAUGUUCUUCUUCGCUCGAACAUUGUAUCACGGUUUUGGCUGAUGGUGCCAAGAAUCACAAUAUUAUCAUUCCCAGACCUGGUUUUCCUAUAUAUAGGACUUUGGCUGAACAUAUUGGAGUUGAAGUCAGGUAUUACAAUUUGAUCCCGGAAAAUAAUUGGGAAGCCGACCUCGAUCAUCUCGAAUCCCAAAUAGAUGAAAAGACGGCUGCGAUCGUCCUCAAUAAUCCCUCAAAUCCUUGCGGAUCGAGUUUCAGCGAAGACCAUCUAAGGAAUAUACUCGAAAUAGCCUACAGAUAUCGCAUACCUGUGAUAGCGGACGAAAUAUAUGAAAAUUUAGUUUUUCCCGGAGAAAAAUUCAUUUCUACUGCAUCUUUAAAUUCUGGUGUACCCAUUCUUAUAUGUGGAGGAAUUGCUAAAAGAUUUUUGGUUCCUGGAUGGCGAUUGGGCUGGAUAAUUGUUCACGACGAAUUUGGAGUCCUCGGUAGCGUACGCAAAGCUUUAAAUUCCCUAACUCAAAGAAUUAUCGGUAGCAAUACUUUAAUUCAAGGAGCUUUACCAGCGAUUUUAAGGAACACGCCGCAAAGUUUUUUCGAAUCGUUAAUAAAUACACUGGCCAAAAACGCUGGAAUCGCUCAUGAUCGUUUUCAAAACACCAAAGGUCUGACGCCGUUUAUGCCGCAAGGAACCAUGUAUAUGUUAGUAGAAGUGCAGAUGGAAAAAUUCCCGAUGUUCGAGAAUGGGUUACAGUUUGCACAGAAGAUGAUGGAGGAAGAGUCUGUUUUUUGUUUGCCAGGAGAGUGUUUUGCCAUUUCUGGUUUCUUAAGAAUCGUGCUUACAGUUCCAGAAGAUGUUUUGGAAGAAGCUUGCACAAGAAUGGAGGCA